AUGGUUAUCGUUGUACCAAAUUCUUCAACAAUAAACGUUAUUUUUACGCAUCUUCUUUCCGCAUCUUUUGCGGCAAAAUUGGUGACAGCUUUCGUUAAACAUUUGAUAUCAAAUUCCCAAGUUCUAUUUGAAACCAUUACGACUACUUUUCAACACAUUGUUGCUUAUCAUGGUUGUUUGGAAUCUAUCAGUCUAACGAUUGUGUUGGGAAAUUUGGCAACUAGCCCCAAAGAAAUUUACAUAAUGGAAUUUUUGAACGUGUGCGCCGAUCAUAUGUUACAAUUGGAUGAAAAUAAUUUGAUGGAACAAUUUCAACGUGAAGAAGCAAGCGAGAGAAAAUUGCUAAGAUCUUUAAUGGGAAAACUUAAUGACCAACCUUUAGUUAUGACACGGUUACAUAUACUUAUACGAACUUCACGUUGUAAUCCACCGCCUAAUUUGAUUCCGAAACAAUUGUUUAAACUUAACACACAUAAAGUUUCAACUUUGACCAUUUCAAGUAAAGGUUUGUUCUCGAAACAAAAUGUAAAUAAUGCAAAAUUUAUUAUGGACGUGGGAAAACAUUCGACCAAAAUUUUAGCACAGGAUGUUGGUGAGAAUGAUCUGAUUAUGAUUGGAUCCAGUAAUGUUGAAAAAAACGAGGUUAAUGGGAAUGACGUAAAAGAUUGUAAAGAUGAUUUAAUUUGGUAUUGUUUCAAAAACGCAUUGAUUGGAUUUGCUGCAUUAUGGUAA